UGAUGUAGAAAAUGAUCAUCAUUAAGAAUGUUGGUUCUAGUGAAACAAACCCUCGACGAACUAAGCGAUGGCUCCGUGGUACUCGCUGGGUCUUUCUCUUGAUCGCCUCGGUCCUCAUCUACGGCUCUCACGCUCCUCUCAUCGCUCUCACUAAAUCAGACGGCCGCGUUCCCUUCAGUCCGUCGUCCUGCGUCGUUCUGAUCGAACUCAGCAAGCUGCUGAUCUCUCUCAGUGCUCUGUUUGCUUCAGGGGACGUCCACACCAUCAAGGUUUCUGUAUCCUGGGCCGCAGCGAUGCCGUACGCUGUCCCCGCUCUGCUUUACGCAUUCAACAACAACCUAGUGGUGUUCAUGCAGGCCUACAUGGACCCCAGUUCAUUCCAAGUUCUCAGCAACCUGAAGAUCGCCUCCACCGCUCUGCUCUACACCUCCUGUCUGAGGAAGAGGCUGCGCCGUACUCAGUGGACGGCCCUGGCGUUUCUCAUGGUGGCCGGGGCACUUCACAGCUACUCCAGUCUGGACUGGGAGAUCCCAGAUCAGGGAGGGGAGAACGCAAGGACCGGACUUCAUAUCACAGCCUGGGGACUGCUGCUCGUGCUCAUUUACUGCUUCGUGUCCGGACUCGCUGCAGUCUACACUGAGAAAGUUUUAAAAAGCCAGCGUCUGCCUCUGAGCCUGCAGAAUCUUUUCCUGUACAUAUUCGGUGUGGCGCUUAAUCUGGCAUCACAUUUCUACAGCAGCGGAACAGAGCAGGCAUUUCUAGAAGGAUAUUCAGCACUAGUGUGGGUCAUCAUAGCAGGACAGGCAGGUAACGGCCUGCUCAUGUCUGUAAUAAUGAAACAUGGAACUGGAAUCACACGACUCUUCAUCAUCUCCUCAGCUAUGCUGGUGAACAGCGUGCUCUCCUGGGGGCUGCUGGGAUUGCAGCUCACGCCUUUCUUUCUCCUACCUGUGCUGAUGAUCGCAGUGGCUGUAUACCUCUAUUACAGGUAAAUGGUCUGGGAGUAGGGCCGCACAUUUAACUCUGUUUCAGUCAGGAUUUCAAUCCCUGGCUUUAUAUAUAUAUAUAUAAUAUAUCGAUAAUGUGUACAUUUAAUUAACAUCCCCAUUUAAUUAAAUGUGUUGAUUUUAGUUUUAUUGUCAAAUUUUGUUCAUAUAUACAGCAUUCAGAACAUUGAGUUUUACUUUAAUUCAAAUGCUUAUCAAUUAGGAAUGUAAAAAUCUUUGCAAUGUAAUAGGAAAAAUUAGUACUAAAAUAAAACCAGAUAGAUUUUUAAGCUCCUAUAUUAUAGUGCACCUAUUAUGGUUUUUCAAAUAUUACUUUCAUGUAGUAUGUUAUAGAGCUGUUUGUGAAUGCAGAAAGUCUGCAAAGUUUCAGAAAUCAAAGCACACAACAACCGGGAGUUAUUGACUCCUAAAAGAAGGAACCGAUUCUGAACAGCUGAAACGAGUCGUUAGUAAUUCCAGACUUACCUACGAAGAUUAGUACAUGAAGUUUGUAACAAAAAGCCCCGCCUCUGGUCUUCAUCGGCUGCUCGCUGACAGCGGUAGACCAAUCACAACAGACUGGGAAGUCUGACCAAUCAGAGCGCGGGGUUGGGUUGGGGGGUAUAAUGCUGCAGUUUAAAUUAUUAGCAUAUUAAAGUGUUUUUUUUUUAUCUUGGAUGCAUGAGACCUUUAAAACAAAAUUAGGCACGUUUCAAAACCAUAAUAGGUGCAUUUUAAAGUUUAAAAAAAAAAAAUUGACUUUUUUUAAUGAGGCCUAUUCGAAAUAAAAUUCACAAUCUUACAAAAAUGUCCCACAAAAACAGAAGACAAGUUAGAAUGUAAGAUGUCUAAUUGGGCAUUUGGAUGGAAAUAUCAUAUCAUAUCGUUAAUACUUUAAGACAGUCCUGUGAUGUAUCACAAUAUAUAGGUUUGCUAACAGUGCAGUCAUUGUUGGGUUUUUUUUUAAAUUAAAAAUAAAAAUUGGGUUGAACGAUACUUUUAUUUAGUGGGAACAAAAAUAACACUGAAAGGUAGAGAAAAAAGGAACAUUUCACAAUUUUGAAGAUUCAGUAUUACAUGUGAAGAAAAAUCAGCUGUAAUUGUUUUUCAAGCUGUGUAAAAAGUGCUGUGAAUGAAUAUAACUAAAACCAAAUCACAAGAGUUUCUUGAAUAAUAUAAAAUAAUGCUAAAAAAAAAGGCCAUUUCAUUCAGUCAUAUUACUUUUUCCUGAAUUUCUAUAAUUAAUGGGAUAGAUGAUUGUUUAUUUUCCUCAGUACUGAAAUGACAAUCAUUUUAACCUGGAAGAAGAGAUUGUGAUGUCUCCAUGGGAUCUUCCUGGUUAAAUUAAUUAAUUAAUUAAUUGUGCAGCCCUACAUGGUGUAAUUGUGUGUUUGUGUAUGUUUAUUUUAUUUUAUGUUAAUGUUACUUCAUCUUUGUUCUGCUCACAUAUAUUUAAAUAGAAGUUGUGAAUUUAUUUAGAUGCAGGUUUGACUGGAUUAGGUCAUAGGUGUGUGCUGUUUGAUUGAUUUAAAAAAAAAAAACAAUCCAUCUCUUUCAUCUGAAUGCCUUGUUUGUUUGAGAUUUAUUUUUAUUAUGCUCAACAAUGCAAAAGUCGAUGUAGCGCAGAGUCUGAAAGUAUUUAUGAAUGGAAUUAUGGAAAUAAAUAUUAUACAUAUCUAUCAUG